AUGGUGGUUCCUCCUCCUCCUCCUCCCCAGGCUCUUCCGAACAAUCCUUCUGCACGCCUCCAUAAUCACCAAUCCCUCCCUGGAAAUGGCGAGCUAGAAAUAGAAAGCGGUGUACGCACACCGUCACAGUACCUCUCUUCACCACCAUCACCAUUCCCAUCACUACCUCCAGGCCACAUACGGCAUCCCACCACCUACCCAUAUCUGCCGAACAAUCGUGAUUACCAACCAACCACCUCUCAACGAGGAAAAAGGAUAGUCAGCUUCUUCCCAUGCCUCUAUGACAACGACCAGUAUCUUUGCCUCUGCCUUCCUCCCGUCUUCACCAAAGCAAUGGUCAACCUAGCAAGCGGGAUCAAGGUGGUGGUAAAGAUAGUCUUUGAGACUCUCAGAACCGGUAUGGAUUGGGUCCCGCCAAUUCCACCCGAGUCUGAGUCCGAUUCUGACUUUGAUAUCGAGAGAAAUUUGGAUCGAUUUUCGGGACGGGGAAAACGGAGCGGGGUACGGAAGUGGAAGGGGCCUCCUCCACCUAUUUUCGUGCCAACGGGCGUUCUGCCUUUGUUUCGAAGUGAUCAUCCAUCCCAGGAAGUGGACACGGAGCGCUGGAGUCGGCGGGGAAGGAACGAGGUACCCGCAUCGCUGCGGCGGUUGGGGGACGGAGUAGGUGCUAUAGUGGAUGGAGAGAGGUAUGUGAAAAGAAGGAAUGAGAAAAAUGACCAUGAUGCUGCCCAUGUGAAUGGCAAUGAAUUGAGCACAAAGAUGAAGUGGAAGGGAAAGGGGAAGGCGCAGGCGGUUGACGUGGCACGAAUUUCAACAGAGGUUUUGGCAAGUGGUUCCGGGGAUCCAGGAAAGCUGCGGAGAGGAUCGUAUGUUCCGACGCGGCCUGACAGGAGGGGAACGAGGUGGGUGCCGAGAGGUGUUCAUGGUGUCUGGGAUGAGGACUACAUAGGACAAUCUUAA